CUUGUCAGUGUUUGAGCUAACGUUCGCGAUGUUUUCUCAUUCACUCCAGCCGUAAUGGAUUAUUUCAGUGGAGUCGAGGAAGAAAUAAAAUAAAGUGACACAAGAAAAGAAAGUCGCCACUAUGUUCGGCCGGUCCAGGGGCUGGGUCGGAGGGCAGGGAAGGUCCAAAAACAUCCACUCCUUGGAUCAUUUGAAGUACAUGUAUCACGUCCUGACCAAGAACACGACGGUGACUGAUCACAACCGGAACCUGCUCGUCGAGACGAUUCGCUCCAUCACGGAAAUCCUCAUUUGGGGCGAUCAGAAUGACAGCUCCGUCUUCGAUUUCUUUUUGGAAAAGAACAUGUUUGCGUUUUUCCUGAACAUCCUGCGGCAGAAGUCAGGCCGGUACGUCUGCGUGCAGCUCCUGCAGACGCUCAACAUCCUGUUCGAAAACAUCAGCCACGAGACAUCUCUCUACUACUUGCUGUCAAAUAACCACGUCAACUCCAUCAUUGUGCAUAAAUUUGACUUUUCUGAUGAGGAGAUCAUGGCCUACUACAUCUCCUUUCUGAAGACGCUGUCUCUGAAGCUCAACAACCACACCGUGCAUUUCUUUUACAACGAGCACACUAAUGAUUUUGCCCUGUACACGGAGGCCAUUAAGUUUUUCAACCAUCCAGAGAGCAUGGUCAGGAUCGCAGUCAGGACUAUCACACUCAAUGUGUAUAAAGUGGAUAACCAGCACAUGCUGCACUACAUCCGGGACAAGACGGCCGUGCCCUACUUCUCCAACCUGGUGUGGUUCAUCGGCAGCCACGUCAUCGAGCUGGAUAAGUGUGUGCAGACGGACGAAGAGCAUAAGAACAGGGGGAAGCUGAGUGACCUGGUGGCGGAGCACCUGGAUCACCUGCACUACCUGAACGACAUCCUCAUCAUCAACUGCGAGUUCCUGAAUGACGUUUUGACCGAUCACCUGCUGAACCGCCUCUUCCUGCCGCUGUACGUCUACUCGCUGGUCAGCCAGGAGCAGAGUGAAGAUCGCAAGAUUAACCCUCAGGUGUCACUCUACCUGCUCUCCCAGGUGUUCCUUAUCAUACACUACCAGCCCCUGGUGAACGCUCUGGCAGACGUUAUUCUGAAUGGAGAUCUGACUGUGUUUACACCCCAGACAGAGCAGAACACACACACGAGCUCAUCCAAUGCUGGAGUGCGACGCUUCGCCAAGCCGCCGGAGAGUCUGGAGCGCUCGUUGGAGAUGAGCCGGCAUCGAGGCAGGAAGAAGACGCAGAAGCGGCCCAACUACAAGAACGUGGGCGAGGAGGACGAGGAGGAGAGAGGAGCCGAGGAAGGCCCAGACGAGGAGAAGGCUAAAGGUACAGAGUCUAGCUCAAAGGCCAGCAGGACGAGUGGGGACACGGAAGAGAUUGAGAUGGUGGUGAUGGAGAAGUGUAAGAUCUCCGACAUGUCCGCACUCACAGAGCAGAACAUCACAGACGAGGAGAAAACCGCCGCAGCCGCUGCAGGGACGGAGGCACAGAGGAGCAGACCCUUCUUGGACAUGGUGUACAAUGCUCUGGACUGUGAGAAGGAGGACUACCACGCCCUCUUCGUCCUCUGCCUCCUCUUUGCUAUGUCUCACAGCAAAGGUAUAAACCCAGAUUUAUUGGAGAAGAUGCAGCUGUCGGUUCCAGGUCAGGAGAGGAGCAGCUACAGUCAUGUUCUAGUGGAGAGAUUGAUCAGAGUCAUGAAUCACGCUGCUCUGCCAGACGGGAGGGUGCGACUGGCCACUCUGGAGCUCAGCUGUCUUCUCCUGAAGCAGUCCGUGCUGUCCGGCACUCGAUGCAUCAUCAAGGACGUCCAUCUAGCCUGUCUGGAGGGUGCAAGAGAAGAGAGUCUUCAUCUCCUACGGCGAUUUUACAAGGGAGAGGAGAUCUUCCUGGAUAUGUUUGAAGACGAGUACAGGAGCAUGACGAGCAAACCUCUGAAUGUAGAGUAUCUCAUGAUGGAUGCGUCCAUACUCCUGCCUCCUACUGGAACGCCGCUGACCGGCAUCGAUUUUGUGAAGCGGCUGCCGUGCGGAGACGUGGAGAAAACCCGCAGAGCCAUCCGUGUGUUCUUCAUGUUGCGGGCUCUGUCCCUGCAGCUGCAAGGGAACCGGAGACACAAGCUGCCCCUGACACGUCCCGAAGACCUCAUCAAGACCGAUGACGUCCUCGACCUCAAUAACAGUGACCUCAUUGCUUGUAUGGUGGUGAGUAAAGAUGGCGUUCAGGCGCAGAGGUUCCUGGCUGUAGACAUCUAUCAGAUGAGUCUGGUGGAACCCGAGACCAAGCGCCUGGGCUGGGGCGUCGUCAAAUUCGCAGGUCUUCUGCAGGACAUGCAGGUGUCGGGGGUGGAGGACGACAGCAGAGCUCUGAACAUCACCAUCCACAAACCAACAUCCAACCCUCACGCCAAACCCAUCCCCAUCCUCCAGGCCUCCUUCAUCUUCGCUGACCACAUCCGCUGCAUCAUCGCCAAGCAGCGGCUGGCUAAAGGACGCAUCCAGGCCCGGAGGAUGAAGAUGCAGAGGAUAGCGGCUCUCCUCGACCUUCCUGUGCAUCCUUCAUCUGAAGUGCUUGGCUUCGGCCAGUCUUCAUCCUCGUCCUCAUCCCAGUUGCCCUUCCGGUUCUAUGACCAGGCUCGCCGAGGCCCAGCUUUCGCCUCCGUCGAUAAAGUUCCAGGUUUUGCAGUGGCACAGCAGCGCAGUUGCUCUCCAAGUUCCAGUUCCAGCAUCACACCUCACCCUGACUCCAUCACCACCAGCAGUGUGUCUACACACAGCACAUCAGCGCCGGCUGCACCCCUGGCACCGAGCCUGACCCCUGCUGCCCAGCCCACUAUUUCACUGCUAUCAGACACCAACACCGACUCACUAAGCGUCGACUCACUCACCCUGCUGCCCCCAGCCGACCCACCCUGCCUGCGCCACUUCACCCGGGAUGAGGCUGAGCACACUGACCCUGCCGACACCCAUACGACGCCCAACAUGGAGACCGCAGAGGACAGAAAGGACGUCCCAGCUCUCCCAGAAGAGUGCAGGUCUCAUCCUAAUCCUGAAUCAGGAGAGAUCAGGAAAGAUGAUGGACCUCAUUCCGAUUCUGAACCAGCAAAAGUUUCUGAACUUGAUCUAACCUCCAGGUCAAGAGAGAAGGCCGAGACUGAAAUUCCUGCUCCAGACCCUGAUGAGAACCUGGAUCUGGAGCAGGAGACUGAGAUCGACUGAGACCCUUUCCCCCCCUCCCCCUUUUGUUGAGGAACCAGCUAAAACCUGAAUAUCUGAUUAUCUGCAUUUUGGUUUCUGUUUGAUCAUCACAGAGGAGGCUUUCUGUCAUAUUCUGUACCUCCUCUUUGUUUAAGAACGUUCUUGAAUGCACAUUUUUCAACAAUAGGAUUAUUGAUUGUGUCUUUCAAAGCACAUCUUUGUUUCUGGUCUGAGCACCAUUGUUUUCUCUCUGCUGUGUGCAUGAGUUCUGAGUUAUGACUACAUGAGUGAUUGAGUGGGAUUAGUCAAGGGGUGUGUGUGUGUUUGUGUGUGUGUGUGUGAGAUUGUACGACUGAUCUGAGAAAGCAGGAGGAGGACGAUGAAGAAGAGGAAGAGUGGGUUUGUUUUUAUAAAUAAGUGGGUGAGGGAAUGCCCACUCGGUUUUACUAGUCUUAACACUGAGGAAUGUACCACGAGCUCUGGGUCUGUCCAGUGGUACUCUCUCCUGGAUGAGUCACUUUGACUGAACACACAUUUGCACUUUUUUUUUGAGACUCGAAAUGAAAAUCCGGAUGUGGACACACCGUCAUGCGGUCAGGAGAACUCAAAAGAGCAAACUUACUUACUCACCUGUAAUGGUGUGUGCAACUGCAACAAAUCCCACUCCAUCAGGAUGUUAAAAUCCGCUCAUACUUCAGUGUUUUAUCAGACUUGAGGCUUCGCAUUCAGCUCGACCUCAGUUUCACUUUCAGGUGUUUUUUUUUUUUUUUUUAAUUGUUUCACAAACUUGAAUCAAGUCAUGUGGGUUUUGGAACAGAUUUAACAAGCUGCACAGGAUUUGGAGCAUGGAACUUGAAAAUUGGACAGACAUACCGACCUGUCCCUCUGAAAAAUCUCAAAACGCAGCCUGCUCACAAUGUAUUUGAUUAAAAUUAAAAAAAAAAAAAGUCGGUUUGUUGAAAACAUUAAAAGAGUGCACAUUUUAUAAACACGAGUCAUUUAUUAUUUUCCACCGUAUUCUGUCAUUCAUUAUUUAUCAUUCAUACCACAGAUUUACACUUAAAGUUUCCUUGUUACAAAACGGUUCCCAGUAGAACCUGUAGAGGAGGUUUUUGAACCCUUUGAGUACACCAGGUGCCAAGAAAUUAAAUAUUAAACCUCUGACAGGUUCUCGGUAUUCAAAAGAAAAAGGUUAUCAAUAGCCAUGUUAGCUGUGUUUCCAUUACCCAGUUUCAUGUGCAAUUUGAAAUUGUGAACUAAAAAUGAGUAAAGGAAAUGCAAAUUUAAAAAAAAAAACAUAAAAUGGUUUUUCAAAUGAUUUGAUCAGACAUUUUGCAGAAUUGAAAUGGAAACAUUUUUUUGCAGUUAAGUCACAUGACAUGAAGACCAAAUAGAAACGCUGCCUUUCAGAAAAACUCAUGCUCCGUAAGAGCUUUUGUGAGAGGAGCCAUCAGACCACAGCUUUGGUCACGUCCCAUCACUUCACAGAAACGGAUCAUUUGCAAUUGAAUUUUGUCAAUUUUUUUAAAUAUUGCGCAAAAUUGCAAUGGAAACCCGGCUAAUAAUUUGGAGUUUCUGCCAAUCUGUUAUCCUGUUUUACACACACACACACACACACACACACACACACACCCUUGGGGGAAAAAAGCAAAGGUUCUUCAUGGCUUCUUUCAGCAUUCACUGGAUAAUUAAUUAAAGACUUUUAGCUUCUUGGAAUCUGACAUGAAAUCUAUAAUGGUUUCUUUCAGAGGGAAAACCAAACAAGCCUGAAGGGUUGAAAUGUUUUUAACAAUCAUGCAGUCACGGUCAUCAUAGUUUCAUCACAUUUCAUCACGUUUUAUUGUUUUGCUUUGUUUGUCACGAUUCAUUUUUUUGUAUUUUGUUCUGAUUUCUUAGUUAAUUUUUGCGAUUUUGUCUCAUGAAUAUUAAGCACACAACAGACAUGUGAUUGGCAGAAGAAAGAUUGCAUUGCGUCGCAUCACAAAUACACACAUCUCCAUGCCUGUACGUGUACAAGACGUAACCAAUAAAAAUUAUUUACAUUUUCUCAAA